CGUAUAUGUAUCGCAUCACUGCACUUGGCCGCAUCGGACGGAGGCAGAAACACGGCACGAUGACAAGUGCGCUGUUGUGGCUGUCCGCUGUGCUCGUCGGCAUGGUUUCGUCAUCGGAGGCGUGGCGUGCGACGCCGCCGCCGCUGCCGGUGCUGCCGAUCCCGUCGGCGGCGCAGCUCAUGUGGCAGCGCCGAGAGGUGAUCAUGUUCUUCCACUUCGGCAUGAACACGUUCACCGACUCCGAGUGGGGAACGGGGUCGGAGGACCCGGCCCUGUUCCGCCCGGCGGGCCUCAACGCCAGCCAGUGGAUGGACGCGGCGCACGCGGCGGGCGCGUCGCUCGUCAUCCUCGUCGCCAAGCACCACGACGGGUUCUGCCUCUGGCCGUCCACGUACACGGCGCACUCCGUGCGCUCCAGCCCCUGGCGCGGCGGGCGGGGCGACGUGGUGCGGGAGUUCGUCGACGCCGCGCGAGCGCGGGGAGUCGACGCCGGGCUGUACCUCUCGCCGUGGGACCGACACGACGAGAGGUACGGCCAGGAGGUCGCGUACAACGAGUACUACGAGGCCCAGCUCCACGAGCUCCUCACCGGGUAUGGGGGUGUGUCGGAGAUAUGGUUCGACGGCGCCAAGGGCAAGAACGCGACCAACAUGACGUACCACUUCCAGGAGUGGUUCCAGACGGUGAAGCAGCUGCAGACCUCCAUCAACAUCUUCUCCGACGACGGGCCCGACGUCCGGUGGGUCGGCGACGAGAUGGGGUUCGCCGGCACCACCUGCUGGUCCACCGUCAACCGCUCCAUGAUCACGAUCGGUGAGGCCGGCAUCGAGAAGUACCUGAACGAGGGUGACCCGAGGGGGGGUGACUGGGUGCCGCCGGAGUGCGACGUGUCGAUCCGGCCUGGCUGGUUCUGGCACAGGAACGAAACGGCCAAGCCGCUGAGCCAGCUGCUGGAGAUCUACUACAACUCGGUCGGCCGCAACUGCGUGCUCCUGCUCAACGCGCCGCCCAACAGCACCGGCCUGGUUGAGGACGCCGACAUCGCGCGGCUGCGCGAGUUCGGGGCCGCUGUCGCCACCAUCUUCGGCACGGACCUCGCCGCGGGCAGCGCGGCCAGGGCCAGCAGCGAGCGCGGCGUCGGGUUCGCGGCCCGCAACGUGCUCGACGGCCGCGAUGACACGUACUGGGUGCCGACUGCCGAGGACGGGCGCCGGAACGGGUACUGGAUCGAGUUGCGGCGGCCGGCCCUCGCCGCGCGGGCGCAGCCGUUCAACGUGAUCAGGAUCCAAGAGCACGUCGCGCUGGGGCAGCGGGUGGAGCGGCACGAGGUGUGCGUGGACGGCGUGGCCGUGGCCAACGGCACGACGGUGGGGCACAAGCGGCUGCACCGGCUGCCCGCCCCCGUCACCGGCGGGACGGUGAGGAUAUGGAUCACGGCGCGGCGGGGCCCUCCGCUGCUGUCAGCGGUGGGCCUCUACCUCGACCCCUACGUCGCAACGGACAAGAUGUGACGAGCGCGGGAAUGAUUGGUGUUACGUGGCCAGUCGGCGUCGCCGACCCCAAAGCGAACCACCGCGACCCGCGUCGUGCGCCACCACCA